CUACGCGACGUUGAACUGCAUGUACGUUCGCGCUAACAAAACUCGUUGAAAAUGCAGUCAUCAAAAUGGUAGAAUCGUUGCAAAUGUUCUUAUUCCUGUUCAAAUCAAAAUACAGACGAAAAUUCUCGUGGUUCUCACCGUUCUUGUGUUCAGUUCUUAUAGUGUUAUUGUUUUGUCAUGGUGUUCUUUCUAAAUGUAGCGAUCAUAAUUGUUUGAAUGGUGUGUGUAAAAAUGAUACUUGUAUCUGCUACGACGGCUGGCAGGGCUCAGAGUGCCAGUAUUGCGGCGGGAAAAUCAAGUUGACAUCCCCAACUGGUAUCAUAACGGACGGGCCCGGAAAUUAUAGUGUGAGCACUCAGUGCUCAUGGCUGGUGUCUCCGCCGUGGCUCGGUCCAUCCCCGCCGGCCAUCCGCGUCCGGCUCGAGACAUUCGCCACCGAGUGUGGGUGGGAUCAUCUGUAUGUGUACGAUGGGGACAGCGUCAGGGCAGAGAGACUACUCGCCGUUUAUAGUGGAGUACUGGAGAAUGGCGAGUCGGACUGGACCCGGCAAGUGAUCGCCCGCUCCGGCAGCGUACUUCUCCAUUUCUUCUCGGACGACGCGUACGCUAUGGAGGGAUUCAACGUUACGUACGCAGCGUACUCGUGUCCAUCUAACGAUCACCGCACUAAUUGUUCAAAUCACGGUGAAUGCGACGAUGGUACAUGCAGAUGUGAGCCCGACUGGAUAGGCGUGGCCUGUGAUCAACCACUUUGUCCAGAUGACUGUAACGCGGCAUACGGUGCGGGCAGUUGUACGGAGAAUGGCUGCGUGUGCACAGCCUCACGUACCGGUGAAGAUUGCUCACGCGAAUCGGCUGCGGCGGGCUGGCGGUGGGCAUGGAAGGAGGCAGGUGCUGGCCGCGUGGAAGAGGCUCCCCCUCCCGUCACUCCACCCGCAGUCGCCGCGCAUGCCUUACUCGCUUACGGUGACGACCUGCUGCGUGUCGGCGGCGAGACGUUCUCCGAAGCCGCUUUCUUGUACAGGUACAAGGUGCUGGAGCGUACUUGGGAAGUGGUGGAGACGUCGGGACCAAGUCCUGCCCCACGAUUUGCGCAUUCGGCCAUACUGCAUGGUCACCAGCUACUAGUCUAUGGCGGGCUCGUCGCUGCGUCAGACCCGGAACGGGGGGGCGGACUGGCGGGGUUGGAGGGCCGUGCGGGGGACGCGACCAACGAACUGUGGCGGCUGCGGCUGGACACGCCGCGCCCGCGCUGGGACAACGCCACGCCCGCCGCCUGUGCGCCGCACCGCACGCCGCCGCUCCACCACUGCGGUGGUCUACACGUGUCGGGUCACUCCGCUGUUUUAGUGCAUUUGGGUGUUACCCGCAAGCCUGUCAUGCUCGUGUUUUUCGGGCACUCUCCGCAUUACGGCUAUCUACACACAGUACAGGAGUACUACAUAGAGGAGGGCGCGUGGGCGGGCGCCAGUACACGCGGCUGGCCGGCGCGCGCCGGCUUCGGACACAGCGCCGCGCUCGACCCCCUCUCCGGCAAGGUGUUCGUCCACGCCGGGCUCGUAUCCGAGUCCGAGGCCACGCAGGCACCAUCAUCAGCUUUAUACGAGUAUGACCCGGAAACUAGAGUGUUCAAGCCAUUACCUUCGGCGCCUACUCCCAGAUACCUACAUACCGCUACAUUUAUAUCACCGGGUGUGAUGUUAGUAUUCGGCGGUAACGCUCACAACGACAGUGCGGCAGCGGCCGUGUCGUCAGCGCCCGCCGCCGCCAAGUGUUACUCCUCUGCUGCCCUGCUCUACGAUGUCAGAUGCGGGCGAUGGGGCGCGGUGAUGGCGCCAGCGGGUUCUGCGAGAGCUUCACACGCCGCAGUCCCGCUGCCGCUGCAGCCCCGCCGUUCGGUCAUACUUCAAGGCGGAUUCGACGGGCGACUACGAGCGGAUGCGCUGGUGUUUGAGGCCGGCGCGGCGUGCAGCUCGCUGUCGGACGAACUGGCGUGCGUGGGCAGCGCCCUUUACGCGGCCGUGGCAUGCGCGUGGCGCCGCCGCGACCGGAUAUGCGUACCGUUGGAGGAGAUCGGUUGGGCGGAGUCGUUUGACGGUUCCGUAAGAACGUGUGUAAAUGAACCAUUAGAUGCGGACGAGCGUCGCUGCAGUAGUUCUGAAGCUGCCCAGUCGUGCUGGGCGUGUACCGCCGCCGGCUGCGCCUGGUGCGGCGCCUGCUUCGCGGCCCGCCAGCGGUGCGCGCGCCGGGCUCACCAGAUGGCGCUGUCUGUGGAGGAGUGCGGCGCGGCGGCGGGCGGCGCGGAGCCGGCCCGCGAGGCCUGCGCUCGCUUCCACUCGUGCGCCGCCUGCUACGCGCACCAGCACCAUCAUGCACAUGGUACAGAAGAGUUGAGUCAGCGGCUGUGUUAUUGGGAUUAUGACAGCGUUAAAUGCAAGCCUGCCAACUCAUCGGACGACAUAAGGAGCGUGGCGACGGCAGGACCGUGCAGCGCUGCGUGUUCGUCCCUACGUACGUGUGCCAACUGCACUGCUGAGGAAUGCAUCUGGUGCGCGUCUGCUGCACGCUGCGUCGACAAGAACGCGUACGGCGCGUCGUUCCCGCUGGGCGGGUGCCGCGCGUGGUCGACGAGCGGCGGCGCGGCGUCGUGCGGCGCGGGCGCGGCGGCGGGCGCGGCGGCGGGCGCGGGGUGCGGCGCGCACGUGUCGUGCGCCGCGUGCCGCGCCGAGCCGGCGUGCGGCUGGUGCGACGACGGCGCGGGCGGCGGCCGCGGCGCCUGCCUGCCCGGCGGCGCGAGGCGUCCGCACGCGCCGCGCGUCUGCGCACAGCACAGAUGGCACUUCACACGGUGUCCAGCGUGUCAGUGUAACGGGCACUCGAUUUGUGACGCGGCUUCGCGCUGCAUGCAGCCAUGUAGCGGCCGCGCGGUCGGCGACCACUGCGAGUCUUGCGCGCCCGGACAUUGGGGAAACCCGCUCAAUGGCGGCGUCUGUCAACCGUGCGAGUGCAACGCUCAAGCGGUGGCGUGUGCGCCCGACACUGGUCGCUGUUACUGCAGCACGAAGGGGCUCGCGGGCGACCGCUGCGACAAAUGCGACAACACCAACCACUACCACGCCGACUUGUAUAAUAAGGGCGCCUGUUACUAUGACUUAGCAGUGGAUUACCAGUUUACAUUUAACUUAUCAAAGAAAGAAGAUCGCCACCUGUCGGCGAUUAACUUCAGAAACGCGCCGGUGAAACCGGACGUAGACGCGGAUUUCAGCAUCACGUGCUCAGCGCACGCUCGCAUGAACCUUACCGUACGCACGCGCAGCGAGCCCGCUGAACGUACGCUCUUCAGUGACGUCAACUGCACCAACUUCCGGUACAAAGCGUUCCAUUACAGGUUCGCGAAGUCGGAGCAUUCGUUCGGCGUGGAGGACAACGUCACGCUCACCACGUUCUUCGUGUACGUGUACGAUUUCCGACCGCCGCUGUGGAUACAGAUAUCGUUCUCGCAAUACCCGAAGCUCAAUCUGCAGCAGUUCUUCAUCACGUUCUCGUCGUGUUUCCUAUUGCUGCUACUGGUGGCGGCGGCUUUGUGGAAAAUUAAACAGAAAUAUGACCUGUAUAGAAGAAGACAGCGGUUAUUCGUAGAGAUGGAACAAAUGGCGUCGCGACCAUUCAGCCAAGUUUGUGUUGAAAUGGAGCGGGGCUGGAUGGGGGGAGGGUGCGGAGUACCAGCCCCGGUUGCACUAGAGCCGUGCCGCGGCGGUCGGGCGGCGGUGUUGUCGCUGCUAGUGCGGCUGCCGACCGGCGGCACGGGCCGCGCGCCGCCGCUGGGCGGGCUGGCCGUGGCGUCCGCGCUUGUCACCCUCGGUCACCACCACGCGCCGCCCGCGCCCGCCAAACGGCCGCGGCACCACUGACGGCCAGCUACACUACCACCGCUGCACAGAUAAAAACACCAAUGUAUAUAAGUACGUAUAGUUAGGUGCUGUAUAUAUGAUACAUUUUAGUGCAUUGCUCAAACCGUAACGUUUGGAAGAUAAUACUCAUUAUUUUUGUGCAACCGGAAGGUUAAAUAAAAAUAGAUCUUAUAUCAAAGCCUGAUGAAAUAAGAUUAAACAGUACCUUCACAUAGUAAUUUAAUAUAUUUCUACAACAAUUUUAUUUCGCAACUUUCUUUUUAAUAUUAUUUAUUUACUUAUAUAAUUUCUCUUUUAACUUAAUGGUAUUUAUUAUAUUUAUAUGUAUCUAGACGGUUAUUAUUUAAUCUUAUAUCAUUCGAAAUGUCCAAAAAUGUUAAGUGAGAACAUUUUAAGACCGCGGACUUAACAGUCUGAUAGGGAUUUUAGUGAACGUGGUUGAUCUUUGAUAAUGAGUGUAUUUAUAUUACGGUAAAGUUUAUUAUUGGUCUAUAAAUUCUUUAUUUUUACCUCAUUCCAUUUUUGACCACGUUCAAUUAAAUCUUACGCAAAUUUAAUUUAGGUAUCUAUCUAAGUGCAGUAUAAUUCACAAAGUGAUCUUUAUUAUUGCGUAUAUGAAAGCAAUUAAUCCUGUACGCAGGGAUUCCAAAUAACAAAAAAAAAAAGGGAUUUUCGGUAUGACUCGAAUUCGCCUCUUAUUACUAGUAAGUAUACAUGUGGGAAAAGUCAAUGUCAACUUUUAUAAGUGUUAUUUUUAUGGCGAAAAAUAGGUUGGAACCGCAAAUCGUGAUCUUCCUGAAUUAUCAAAUAGUGCAGUCGUGCACUAAUCAGAAAAAAAAUAUCAGUAGAUUCAAUACCAUUAUCCAGAAUAUGACAAAGAUAGUUAUUUUUCUGUUUGCGAUGUACAUAAGACGGUAACAUAGAAAUUGCAUAUAUUUGGUACAUUUAUGAAAUAUUAAUCAGCGCGUCUCCCGUGAAUUUACAGAAUUCACUACGUUAAAUAUUGUUACAAAACAAAUAGCAAUACUAGUGCAGUGCUAUAGAUAUUAAGAUAUCGAAAACACAUGCUAAGUACUGUGGGUAAUACGACAUAUCGAAUAAAACUACCAAUGUAUCACAAAUACUUCCAAAAUAAGAUAGAGAGAAGUAAAUCUGUCAUCACUCUAUUGGUUUUAUAUAGAAGCUUGAUAGUAAUGUUUUAAAAAGGAGUUUUACAGAUAUACUGUCGCAUGUACAGUCAGUAUUAAAAGUCGAUGAACAAAAUACAGAUUUUUAAAUUUCCUAAAAAUCGUAUUCUUAAGACACUCCAUUACUUUGACGUUUUAAUUUAGUGAACAUAAUAACAGUCAGAAUUGGUUGAAUGUAACGCAAAGUAUAAGCAUAUGGUACAAAAAAUUCGUCAAAAACUUAAUAUGGACAUUUGAUGCUGUCAGUCAGUACCUUUAAUGUAAAUGUAUGUAAAACCAAGCAUGCAUUAUUCUAUAAAAACAAGUUAAAAAAUUCUUUUUUUGGCGACAUACCUAUUCGAAGACACUGUCUAAAAUGCUGUUUUUAGCUGAACCAAAGUAGCAACUAUGGAACCAUAGAAAUAUAUAAAUACGAUCAUCAUUAAUAUUUAAAUUUGUCUAUGGUUUUGUAAAACAUUGAUAUUUUGUAGUAUACAUUUUAGUGAGGUCACAUCACUAAUAUGCAUAGAGUUUAAGUUUCAGCAUGUAGACAAUUUUAGUAAAAGUGCGCUAAUCGUGUCGGAUUUGUUCCAGAUAAUACAUAUUUUAUAUUGUGACAUUGUCCAUUGGCUGUACAAACUACUCCGUAUAAGUAUUUACGAGUACUCAACUGAUAAUACUGCAUUCAAGAAUUUAAUAUUGCCAUCAUUAAUAUAAACACAGUUAAAUGUACCUACUAGAUUUUUUUUUAUUUAAAUGUGUUCCUUGAAUAGUGGAGUUAAAAUAUCACAUAUUAUUUAGUAGUUAUUAGAUUUUAUAAAAUCAUAAACUUCCGGUUACGAAGUUGCCAAAUAGUUAUAUGUAUAAUACUGUUAUAUGCACAUUCACUUAGAAAUCUUAGGCAGCUAGUAUUUUGCAGUCGAGUAACAUAUAUGGGCAUUCGUAAUAAAGUCCGAUUUAGUUUGUUUUUUUUAAUUUUAAUAUAGGUUGUCUUAUUUAUUUUUAUACUAGCUUAAGAAGUUUAUAUUCUCUUUUUUAUACUUGGCACAUUUAGUGAAUAAUCUUAGGAUGUCUUUAUAUAUUGAAUUUGGUCGUAUAAAUAUAUAUAAAAAGAAAUAAUGUGCGGUAUACAUAGUCAAUUAAAAAAAAAAAAAAACUUUUUAUUUUAAUCGUUUCUUCAUUUAUAAUUCUGUUGUUUCAAUAAAAGACAAGCAAAGAUUGUUUACAAAAUUUCCAAAUAUAAAAAAAAAAAAUUGAAAACGUGUACGUUUUCUACGUUUGCUUGUAAAAGUGAAUUUUGCAAUUUUUAUACUAAACGUUAAGAUAAUGUAAUGAGUAAUAGUAUUGAUCAUUUCCUAUAGGCUGAAAUACAUCACAUGUACAGGAUAUCGUUCGUGAUAUAUGUAGUGCACUAGUCAUCGAGCGUCAUGCGAUUAUGUUAAACUAGUUUAAAGUAUUGACACUAUUUCAUAUUUGAGAUCCGCCAUUGGAAAGUUUUAUACAUCACAAUCGAAUAGAUAUUUUUAACUUAUUACAUAUAGAAUAAAUAUCUACACUACUGUUUUAUUUUUAUUUAACGCAAUAAUUUUCGUAAUUUUGAGUAAAAAGUAUAGGAAAACUGUUAUUUUAUAUCUGUUAUGAACUGUAAAAUAUAUAUGAAUUUUUAAGAAUUGUAUAGCUUUGUAAUAAGGUUUAUUUUCACACUUAUUAUGACACCGACGGCUAUAGUUUAUUAAGUUUUUUUUUUUUUUAUUUUAUUAAACUGGGUUGUAUUAAAAAUAGCGAAUAGCGUUUCAGUAAUCGAUUUUAAAUAAACAUUUUGGAUUUAGUUUAUACUAUUAUAUUGUAUUUCUACAUAACCUGCUUAAAAUAUAUUACAAAAAAUAACUAAAUUCGAAUGAGUAAUUGGCUGAAAAUAUUAUUCGUAAAAUACUUAGAAUUAAAAAACAUACUCGGAUCUACGUCUGGUAAAAACUUUAUUCGCGUUAAGUAAAUAUAUUUACAUUUAUUAUUAUUAUACUGAGGAAGUGAUCAUUAUUAAUAGUCGAUCAAAUACUAAGUAGUAAUAAUGAUUGUAUUACGCAACUCAGAAUUCGACGGUUAACCACCGAUACUUCCUAACUGGCAUUUAUAAAAUAGUUGUAAAAACUUUUUCUUACUUACAAUCUUUAAAAAGUUACAUAAAAUAAUAAUUCGUACUCUGAUCAAAUUGUUUAUAAUUACUCCUCUCCAUCCAAAGGUUGCCUGGAAGAGAUCGCUUUUCGAUCGAAGGUUUGUUUUCUCAUUGUGAUUAUUUCUUGUAAUUGUUUAUCUAUAUUAAGUUUUCUUUCUAUCUAUCUAAUUUUGGCUUCAAUAUAUGUAUUGAGAUUUUAUCUUAAAAUCAACUAAUUUACUUUCUAAUUUCAUCAUAUUUGUAAUGAAUUUAGAAUUAAGAUGUUGAAUUUUAGCUAUAUUGGCGGUUAACCGUCGAAUUGUCAGUGUCACUUUAUACCUUAGUACUGUAUAACAACGAUGUAACUUCCAUCAUCACAAAACUUUAUUAAUAGUAUAUAAUGUGUACGUAAAAAUCACUAUUACACGUAAUAUUAGAUGUAAAUAGUGGCUUUGACAAGACUAUUGUAUUUUUCUUACGACUGAUGUGUAAAUGGUGUAUAAAAGAUUCCUUUUGUAUGUAUGCAUUUAGUUGAUAGAUGUUGUGUCAUAUCAAUAAUUAUUUUGUAAUCUUAGUCAGAAUCCAGAAAUCGAGGAACAAGGAAAUCCGCCUAAUUUAUAAUGUAAUUUUAAAUGACAGAUUUUUGUUUUAUACAGUGUGCAUUUAUAUUAUCUGCAUAAUUGAAAUAAUCAACAAAAGAUUAAUAUUUUUUUUUUUACUCGCAGAAAAAGUCAAAGUCUCCAUAGAUAUUUAGUUUGUAUGUUACAUUACAUUUAUCUACAUUAAAUCAAAAAGCGAAUGUUGCGUCAGUUUGACUAUUUGGAUAGGAUGGAUGAAAGGAUAUACUUACAGAUUGAUCGUAUAGAAAUUUUAUCAAAAUCGAGUUAGAAUGCUAUAAUGUAGAAUUAAUAGUAGAUCCUUUCAAGGGAGUAUUUCACCAGUGAAACUUAAUAUUUUUAAAGAGGAAACAUGGGUUGGGAAACUAUACAAACUUUGAGCUUUCGAAUGCAAUAAAGUAUUGGUAUUCUAGAGAGAAGCAUAUGGAGAAAGCGUAAGCCUAUUUGCAUGUCAGAGUGGAGUCUUUCUGUAUAACUUAUCGCUAUACACACCCUAUUUGUAAUAUAAUUCAUUCACGUUUCUUGCAAAUGUAAAUUAUUUUGUUUAUGGACAAAUUUGAUUAAACUUUUUUUUUUGUAAAUAUGGAUUAUGACGGAAAUUAGACUUAAAUUGAGACACAACAUCUAUACGUAGUUUAAACUAUUUGUAUUAUAGUCAUGUAUUCGAAAUAAACUUAUUUUGUUGAGAACAUAUUCGAUUUAAUAUGAAAUAUUAGAAACCAUUACUAGCUUUAUAUGUCAUUUUUAUAUUUUUCUCAGCAAAUUUAGUAUUAAUGUAAUAAAUUAGAUUUACUGCCAACAUUUUAAUGCUUUCUUUGAUGAAAUGUUUAGAAGCAUUCAAGUCCUACAUCGUAUUUGUAAAGAGUAAGUUUUUUGUUUUUAUUAAAGCAAGAGUUUAUAGAGAUAGGUAUGAUAAAUGAAAUAAUUAUAUUCUGGAUGCAAAUUCCAACGUUCAUUAAAACUUCCAGUCGUUUGUUUUUAUACGAGUAGUGUACCUAUUGCUUCCUUGUAUAAGAAAUUUGAGGUUUUAUAAAGAUACGAAAUACGUCAGACUACACACAACAUCACAAAUUUAGAAUAAAGUUUGUUAAAAAUAUUAAAUGAUCUCAUCAUUUUUUUUUUACAUUCGUAAAUGAUUUAUUUGUAAAGGUUAUUAAACAAUUAGAAUAAAAUUUUGUAAUUUCUUAUUGCAUAUACCCGGAACGUAUUUUAAAAACAAUUUACAAAUAAUUGUUUCUGUCAUUGUUGAAAUUUUGUUAUUGAGAUUUUCAAUCGGUAAAUAUAUAAAAUAUGCUCAAGUUUUAUGAAAGUAAAAAUGCUAAAAUAUUGCGCCACAAAUAAUUUAUUUAAUAAAAUCUUAAUAUGAUUUAAUUAUAAAAA